AUGGGUGAUGUCCAGCCUAUAAGUACCAACCAUGAGGAUGCCAACUUCUCACGGUUAGAGGCGUCCUUUUCGCAGACAAAGGUGCUUCCUCGAAGCAAUUCGAUUGAGAUGAAGGAUAUCUUUCGUCAUGCUCAAACAAGUGAUUUGGAAGCCAAGGAUCUAGACUUUAACUUCAAUUUGAACCGCAGCAACUACCCUCUCGGUAACCUCCAGUCCCUCCAGGACGUCUUUCCAGCGGUGCAGCAUGACAUGCAUUUUAAAAACCCUCGGAAUUUUUCCGACGAGACUGAAAUCAUGUUUCUGGAUGUGAAUGAAGACACCGCAUCAUGGAAUACGCUCGACUCUCGGGGAUUGGACCAACUCCUUCGGGUAGGAGCAUCUGUUCCGCCAGACCAAACGGAGCUGAUGGGCAGGUUAGAGUAUUCCAAAACCUUCUCGCACGAAUGCACCCUUCGGCCAUUCGAAACCUUCGAGACUACUUGCCUUGUAUGUUCCAGACAUCUGUCGCCUUCGCCCACUGACAGUCAGGAUAGCUUCGUGCCUCUUAUACCAGAGAAGCAUACUUCGUUUGCAAGUCGGAUAUCCAUGACUCAAGAUAACACGGCGGACCUUUUCAAGUACCUGAACGCUGAUCCGUCAUUUAUUAUGAACUUGCUUGGAAGGCCAGACUACUGGGCGCCGCAGACACGAUGGACGUCCGAUAGCAAUAGUAACAUAUUAGCUUGUGGGGCACCUCUCUCAGUAUAUGUGCGCUAUGACGCGGCAUUGCAUCUCACGACCUAUAUCAUUUCCCACAAGGAAGGAGACUCGAGUAUCCAAGCCCUGCAGGACAUUUUCAACAUCAGCAUCAGAACGGCACCGCCAGAGCAAAGGGCAAGAAUCCUGCUUGACGAUCCGUUCGAUCUCGCCGUCAUCCUGUCAACAUUAUCCUUCGAGGCCUCGAAAUAUCACGCCCAGCGAUUCCGGCGAUACAUGUGGACCCAGAUCAACAAAGUCGACGACCAUCUCGCCGGGCUCGAAGCCAACGACCGCCGCAAAUUAGGAGAACUGACAAAGGAACUGCAGAUUAUCUCUCAAAAUGCGGAUUCGCAUCUGGGGAAUGCCGACGUCGCGAUCAUCACAGCAACCGCCAUCCGCACGGCGCAUGCUCGCUUGCAUGAAGCCCUGGGGAGCCCGGCCCGGGUGUUUGAGCGCGCGUCCGACUCGAUCACAUAUGUCAUUGAGUCCAUGCAGAAGCAGAAGAUAUGGUUUCUCAACUACAAGAACCGCAAAGACAGCACGAUGGCGCUGGUGUAUAACCUCGUGACGCAGCAGGAUGCAGCGAGUAACAUCCAAUUGGCGGCGAGUAUGAAACGGGAUAGUACCAGCAUGAAUGCGAUUGCUGCCUUGACAAUGGUCUUUCUACCAGGGACAUUCAUCGCGACAAUCCUAAGUGCUGGUGGUUUUAACGGUGGUGGCGGUAACAACGGGUCUGGAUCGACAUCGGUAUGGCGGCUAUGGGCUGCGAUAACAGUGCCUCUCACGCUGGUUGUCAUGUCCAGUUGGUGGCUCUAUAAGAAGCGAAACGACCAGGUGCGCCCAGCGCCGAUGGCUAAGGAGGAGGAGGCCAGUAUCCCACCACGGAAGAGAGGAACGUUCCGCUCUAUGAGUUUCUCGUCAUGGAGCCGACGAGACAGUGCUUCUGGGAAGGUCUAA